AUGGCAGCAACAUUUGCAACCCCAUCGACGGUGAUUGGCCUCGCCGGAUCAUCAGUUUCUCCCAUCAACUCCAAACCAUUCUCUUCAUCCUUUUUAAAACCAACAUUAAGUGCAAAGAACCCUCUAAGACUCGCCGGUGCAUCUGGAGGAAGAUUCACUUGCUUUGAGAGGAACUGGUUGAGGAGAGAUCUGAACGUGGUAGGGUUUGGACUGAUCGGAUGGUUAGCUCCAUCGAGUAUUCCGGCGAUAAACGGGAAGAGUCUUACGGGUCUUUUCUUUGAGAGCAUUGGAACUGAGCUUGCUCACUUCCCAACUCCGCCAGCUCUCACUUCACAGUUCUGGCUGUGGUUGAUUACGUGGCACUUGGGUCUCUUCCUCUGCCUUACCUUCGGACAAAUCGGAUUUAAGGGCAGGACCGAGGAUUACUUCGAAAAAUAA